GUUUUUUUUUUUCUUGUUAAUUUAUAUGUUUAGAAUAUACAACUGCCCGAUAAAAUUUAAAAAAAAAAUAGCCGCAGCCCGCCUUUUGGAAACUGCUUUCUUACAGUAAAUGCAGCCAUGCCAGUUUUUGUGUAACUUAACAACACUGUCAUUUCACCUCCCACUUCCUUGUUUCGAUUGUGUCAUGCGUCCGAUCCAGUGCAUAUUGAAAGCGAACAGACCCAUUAAAAUACCAUGUUGUUUUGAUUAGGCCACAUUUGAAAACGUUCAAAUAUAUAUUAAUGUGACUUAUUUGCAAAGAAACAGCCCUGUUAAAUGGUUUGGUAAGUGUGCAGACCAUAAAACUAAUUCUCUGGAGCACAUUCUAACCAGAUGGUUCCAAAGCAUGACACUGCCAUCACCAUGCUUCACUGUCAAGAUGUCAGGUCAAGGACUCAUACACAAAAAGACCGAUUGCUGAAAUUUGAACAAAAUGUCCUUUAAGUGUACACACCUGUACAAUCAGAGAUACAUUUUUUUUGCAGUUAAACUGUGCAAGGUAUAUAUAGAACCUUUGAAAGUACAUAAAUGAUCUUUUUGUGGUAUUAUUUAUAUUAUACAGUGGAACCUUGGUUAGCGUAUGCCCCGGUUUGAGUGGGUUUUUUUUGGUUAACGUCGUAAAUGUACACCAGGGAUCACCAACGUGGUGCCCGCGGGCACCAGGUAGCCCCCCACGACCACAUGAGGUUCCCGCAAGCCUGCUUUUCAUUCAGGUUUUCAGUUAAUAAUGUGAGAACACUAGAAAGAAAUGUAUUCUGAAACAUAAAAUGUGAGUUGUGGAUACCAGCAUUUUGUGAAUGUUUUGGUAAAACGAGCAUAUUUGAUCUGUUUGGGUUGAAAUAAGGUAUGAAAAUCAUUUCUACAAAAAUGAGUAGCUCGUGGCCAUUUUCAUUUUGUAAAAGUAGCUCUCGCAAGAUAAAACGUUGGUGACCCCUUAUGUACACCAACCUUUUGCCUCGGUUUGCGUACAUUUUCUGGUUAGCAUACAAUAUGGCGUGCGUCUCGUCACGUUAUUAAUACACUGCAUGUCCAACUGUGUUCUUAAAGGAAAACUGAACUUUUUUUGGAAUUUUGCCCAUUGUCCACAAUCCUUAUGUGAAACAUGACCACAUGUUUUUCUCUUUUUUGUGCAUUCUAAAGAGAGAAAAAUAGCACAAAAAAUGGCUAGCAUGUGGGAGCUGACAAUGCACACCUAUUUCGACUACUUACGAUCGAUUCAGUGCCCUGAGAAUGCAGUGACCUGAAUGAAUGAGAAUAUUCGCAGGCGACGUCAUUUUAAUAGUAUGAAGUUAAUAUUAAAGAAAGAUGUUAUUUCUUUAAAGUUGAAAUAUUAUGAAAAACAAGUUUUAUGAAGUUCAAGUUUUUGGAAAAUUAAGUUGCAGGAAAAGUUGUAAUGUUACAAGAAUAAAGUCAUAAUAUUAGUUAACAUAAUUAAAUUAAUUACUUUGACAAGAAGAAAGUUGAAAUAGUGGAUCAAACAAAAAAAAAACAGCUGUAAUUUUAUGAGAAUAAAGUCAGAAUAUUAAGAGGGAAAAAGUUAUAUUCUAACAAGAAAAAAGUCAUAAUUUUAUGAGUGUCACGCGCUACGGUGACACCUGUCGCCUGUUUUAGUUUUGUGCUGCUUUCCAUUAUGUUGUAUAUUAUUGCUGACCUCUCCUGUUUACUUGCUCAGACGGUGACACCUCCUGAGCUGGGCGGAGCUACUGGAUCCCUGCAGCUGUGUUCAAUCAGCUACCUUUUUAGUCUCCUCACCUGCAGCCUGCCAGUGCUGGAUUAUUGUCAAUGGUUGUGCUUCCAGACCAUGUGCUUUUCUCCUGCUACCACUUACCUUACCCUCCUGUUGCAGUUCCUCUGGCUACUCCAACCAGCUCUGUCGUCCUGCUGCACCGGACCUCCGUCCAGCUCAUGUGGUAGUUCCAGUACCUUUUUGGAGGAGAGUGUUGAUGUCAAGGCUCUGAGGGCCAGGUUCAGCAGCAAGGCCAGGACUUCACACACCAGCAGCCGAGACAGCAACUCACCGAGAUCGCCACAGUCCAGAACAGAAAAGGGUUUGCUCUUUCCAAGCUUUUCUCCACCAGGACAUCCACAUAUGGCUGGGGUAGACGUGGUGAGGUCCCAAACAGAAGAAACAACAGCGGCCUCCACCCUCUCCAAGCCUGUUUUUUUCCCCCAGUCGCCUCCCAUUCCAGGAGUCUCAACAUCAGUGCAGUCUUCGGGCGUUGGUAAGGUCAAACAGACGGGGGAGCUUUUGCAGAAAAUGAUGCUGCGAAGUGCUGUAGGUACCAAAGUCCCCUGUCCUGCUCCAACCUCGACACCUCUGCAACUGCGACAGAGGAGCACAGGCAGUGCCAUUCCACUGAGGAGGCCACUGCCCCCUGAAGGACCACUGCCCUUGAAACCCAAACGGCCUCCCAACAUUAACCUGGAGCACUUCCAGAACGUCACUCGGCGGGGUUGGCCAUUUCCUGCUUCGAGGACAAAAGAUGGUUCUCCAGGCUUGGGAGCAAGACGAAUGUCAUCACCUGGAGCGACCACUUCAUCACAUCCUCUGCCACAGUCCAUAAAACCCAGAAGGUUGCAGAACCAGGUGCCUGCUAUGGACAUUGACAGCAACCAGGACACUUAUGAUGACAUUGCAAACUUGGAGGAAAAAGAGUCCUGGAGCAACAGCAGUUCACAGUGGAUGGAAGGGGAUGAAAGUGACGUGUACGAGGAUAUUGAUGAAGUUCAUGUUGGAUGUGACAGGAACCAAGUGCGGGUGAACUGGGACGCUGACAAGAAAAAAGAAACAAGAGAAAAGAGGCAUCAAGCCGUGAUGAAGCGAUUGCAAAGAGAAAAUGAGUUAAGGAAAAAAUUCCAGUUGCAAGAGGAGGAGGAAAUUCUCCACACUGCCAGAGUUCGUUACGACUGGAACGGGGAAGGAAAACUGGACCUCAAGGUGCACCAAGGCCAGACUGUGGAGAUCGUCAGAGUGAAGAAUAACCCAGAGGGCAAGUGGUUGGCUCGCUCCCUGGAUGGAAAGUAUGGAUACAUCAGUAACACCUGUGUGGAUGUCGACUAUGAGGCAGUGAGACGUAAAUUGAUCCAGUCCAGGAAAAUCGAAGCACCGACUUUACCUCCACCACCUCCAGAUCCACCUCAGAUGUUACAUAUGGAUACCAGAAACAGUUUGGGUCACGGUCAAGAUGACUACGAUGGCUUUCAUCUACCAGCUGAGGAUUUCCCACCACCACCACCUGAGAUUAGCAUAGAUCCCAAAGUGGAAAAGGAGCUCAGGAAAAAAUUCAAGUACAAGGGUCCGCUCAGGGUAAUAGACACUCUGAUGGUGGAUCCUAACGCUGUCAUGAAGAAGCCAGGAGGGAAGGACCUCCAUGUGACGCAGGGUGACGUUCUGGAUGUCAUCCAGCUCACCGACAGCAAAAAAGCUCUGUGCCACAACAGCACAUCAGGAAAAUAUGGUUAUGUGUCCAGAAACCUUCUUCUUCCAUUGGAUGGGGACAUAUAUGAUGAUAUUGAAUAUUCAAGUGAUCUCCAUGACAACGACUUUCUUCACGCGGACUAUUAACCCAUGUCAGACGAAACACACAAGCUUACUUGGAAAGAAAUUAAGUCAAACACAAGCCUGAGAACCAAAGCCCACUUUUAGAGUUGUCAUGCUUGUAAACAAAAACAAUG